CAGAACACGGGGUGUCCGCACCAUGUCCUUCAGCCCAAAGCACUCCACCCCCUUCUCAGUCACCGACAUUCUGAGCCCGAUGGAGGACAGCUACAGGAGGUUUGGAGGUAUGGAUCCCGCCGCAGGGAGUCUCGGGUCCCCGCUGGGCGCCUACCGGCAGCCGCAGGUCUCGCAGCCCGGCAUGCAGCAUCAGCAGCAGGCGCAGCAGCACCAGCCGCCCCAUCUCCACCACCAUCACCACCACCACCACCAUCACCACCUGUCCUCCUCUUCAUCCUCAUCCUCCUCCUCCUCCUCCUCCUCAGUCUCGGCCGCCGCCGCCGCUCUGGGGCCCGGCGGGGCGUAUCACGUUCCCCACGGGGUGCCGCAGUUCUCCGGGACCGUCGGCGGCUUCUGCAACGGCGGCAUCGGGAACGUCGGAGACCUGCCGUCCUACCAGGAGACCGUGCGGGGCGGAGGGGCGGCGGCGGCGGCGGCCUGGUACAGCAACCCGGAGCCCAGAUACCCGACAAUCUCCAGGUUCAUGGGCCCCGCCGCCGGGAUGAACAUGUCCGGGAUGGUGGGCACUUUGGCCGGGAUGGACUCCACCGCCAAGACCAUGGUGACGCUGCACGCCGCGCCGCGCAGGAAGCGCCGCGUGCUCUUCUCGCAGGCGCAGGUGUACGAGCUGGAGCGGCGCUUCAAGCAGCAGAAGUACCUGUCCGCCCCGGAGAGGGAGCACCUGGCCGGACUGAUCCACCUCACCCCGAACCAGGUGAAAAUCUGGUUCCAGAACCACCGCUACAAGCUGAAGCGACAGGCCAAGGACAAGGGCGCGCAGCAGCUGCAGCAGGACGGGAGCGGCGCCGCUGGAGGAGGAGGACUGUGCGCCACGACCCACCGCUCCUCCUCGGUGUCCCCUGUCCUCUCCAAGAACGGCAAGGGCUGCCGGAGCGACUCCAGCGGCUCCAACCAGGCCGGAAACCGACAGAGCAGCUCGGGGGAGGCCUUGACUGCGACCCCGCAGCAGCAGCAGCAGCAGCAGGUGAAUCAGCUGUCGUCCACGGAGGACCUGGAGGAUUUGUCCCCAAGUCCGCCGCUGGGACUGCACGCUCAGAUCAACAUGACGCAGACGGACGCGGCGCUAAUCGAGUACACAAACAGCAUGAUGGGCUCCAAUUUACUGUACGGGAGAACUUGGUAGGGACACCGGGAGGAGGACGGCCUGGAUCGGGCCUGUGGGGCGUCGUGCCCGGGUUGGAAUUUGGAGAGAACCCGCUGCAGGACAAAAACCAGCAGCAGACUCAUGUUGUCCCGUGAAGUUCUGGUUCCGUCACGCACGCUGCGACGACUCGGACUGUACAUUAGUGUUGCUGACGUGUUUCCUCCCUCUUCAAAAUGAAAAUAUUCGUUGUGACUGCUGCUGCAUGAGACAAAAAACCAGAAAAUCCAACUUGAGGUGUUUGAGGCGCGCGGAGCUUCCUGUUCGAUUCCGCCAUAAAAUUAAAUUAUUGCAGGUUAACAAACAGCGAAGCGACGGAGGAAUCAAACGAACUGAAGGUCAUCAAAUAUUCUUUGUCACAGCUGAUUUUUGUUUCCAGUUCUGAAU